CGUCAUGACACGUGUGUUGACAUUUUCAUAAACAGAUGUGUACUAAUUUUAAAAAUCGAAUUAAACAAUAAUAAAAGCUUUUCUAUAUAAUUACAGUGACAAACACUGCCUGUAUUCCACCUUUCUGUUAACUUAUUAUUACAAUUUAUUCGAGUUAAUUUCAAAGCAUGGAGCAAGGACAAUUCACAGGAAUUUCCCCAAUAAUUUUAGCCCUAGCAUUAGUGUUAUUUACAAUAAUCCUGUUUUUCCUGAGGCGAGUCCUCAAAAGUGGCAAAAAGUGUGUUCUCUUGACGGGCCUCAAUGAAACCGGCAAAACCCUGAUUUACUCACAACUGUUGCAUAACAUGCACGUUUCCACCUAUACAUCAAGCCAAGAAAACAUUGAGGAGUAUAAAAUUGAUGGGAAAGGUGUUACAGUAAUCGACCUCCCAGGUUAUCACAGUAUCAGGCAACAAUUCUUCGAAAAAUACAAAAACCAAUCGAAAGCAAUCGUGUAUGUCAUAGAUUCUGUCACAGUAAGUCAGAAUAUUAGGGAUGCCGCUAACGUGUUGUAUAACAUCCUAAUUGAUCCCGCUGUGAUGAAAAAUAGGCCUGACUUGUUAAUUUUGUGUAAUAAACAGGAUCAGACUUUGGCCAAAGGAUCUGGCGUGAUUAAGUCCAUGCUAGAGAAGGAACUUAACACCCUACGUAACACCCAAACGAACCAACUGACCCAACUGGAAUCGAAAGAGAAGGCGGCCAAACUGGGAGACUCGUCCAACGAUUUCAGCUUCAACGAUCUCUACUGCAGGGUGGAAUUUGCGGAAUCUCACGCGUUCAACAAAAACGGCUCGGUCGACCUGGAGCCCUUGAAAAAAUGGAUUAGAAAAGCGGCCUGUUAAAAAUACAAACAAACUGCCACUUACUGCUUUGAAAUUGUUUAUUCGGUUUUAUACAUAACAUCAACGUAUUCAAUUACAAAAAAAAAAAGGCAAAUAAAUACAUCUGGCGCGCUACAAAACAAGGAUAAAUAAACGAGCUGUUAGGCGCGACUUUCUCUGGUUUGUUGUCGGAUCACAGUGUGUUUUAAUAAAAAUUAUUAUUUUUUAA